AUAUUGGAAAAUGGCGGCCCCCUUAACAAACUUGUCAAACAAAUGUCCGUGGUAAAAUCACUAUUUGUUGCUCGAAAAUGUUGCGUUUUCAGCAUAUUUUUGUAUUAAUUUUGUAAAUCUUAAAGAACUGGCAAAAUGACAAAAUUUACAGACGGUGACGAGUCGCUUGAAAUGGCUCGAUCAGAAAAUGGCGAUUCGACCUCAAGCGAACUCGAACGCUUGGACAACAAUUCGCCCUGUCCGUCGGGUUCAGACUCCCCAACUGAAAGAGGAAUCGCAAAAACUAGGAAGAAAGAAGAAAAAAUAUUACGAAUUAUCGAGGAAACUUCAAAACUUGGUUCAAACACGUUGGAUCUGACUAACAAAGGAAUGAGACAGUUUCCUUCUGAAAUUUUGGAAAUGCCACAGUUAGAGUACCUAUACCUAGAAGGCAAUGAGUUGACUGCAGUGCCAGAUGAAAUGUUUGAUAGACUACCAAACCUCAAAUGGCUAGAUCUACGCCGAAACUUUUUAGUCCGUCUUCCCAGUGUAUACACUGGUCGACAUCAAAAUCUUCGCAAUCUACUUCUAGAAGGAAACAACCUACGGACUUUACCUCUUGAGCUAGGCCUAAUCAAAUCACUCCAUGGGCUUAAUAUUAACAACAACCCACUGGAUUUCCCCCCUCCUGUUAUUAUUGAGAAGGGGACAAUGGAUAUUCUCAAGUUUCUGCGAGAAAUGAUUCAGGCAAAGUCAUCGGGAAAACUUCUCAAUGGCAGAAAGAAAGCCAUGCUGCGUCAGCAGAGUUAUCCUCCAGAAAGGACCACGUCCAUUACUCACAACCUUGCAUCCCAUAGCAAGUCUGCGGGCAUGCCAAGUAGGGCUACUUCUGGGCUUCGAAGGUCUGCUCAUGCAAGUAUUAAAACCCAUUCAGCCCGAAUGGCCUCACAACAGUUCCCCCUCACCGAGGAGGAAGAGGAGGGGCUCAUGGAAUCCAGAGACCUCACCCCUCGAAAGGAAGUCCCUAAUCCAGCCCCUUAUACAAGUCUAGCUGAGGAUGGGUCAAGUAGUAGUACAGAUGACUGGGAGGAAGGUGAUGGCGACCUUCGGGCGUACGCAUACCAUCAGGCCCGGGAUCGUGCCCUGUCAACUCGGGCGGAGCGUCAUGCCCAAACCAGCGCCCAAAUGGCACCAGAACAUCGAUCGGCAGAGCUACAUCGUCCACUCAGCUACACGUCGCUUAAACAGGAGAAACAAGAUAAAAUAAAAAAAGCUGGUGCUAGUGGAACUAUUCCUAGUGUUGUGAAUAUUGAAAUAAGUCAGAAAAAAACGAGGAGUGUGGUAAAAUCCAAAUCAAAUGAAAUUCAGGCAGUCAGGAAACCCCAGUCAGCCCAGAGUGUUCUGCAGUGGAAGGUUAAUCCCUAUCCGGAACCCCCACCACCCGACUACAUCAGCCUGAGGGCAAGAGAAGAACGACAGCUUGCAAAGGAAAAAGAAUUUAAAGAAAAGACUGAUGUGAUUUUGCAGCGACGGAAAGAUGAAGAAUUAUUGAAAAACUGGCGCAUGGAGUCAAAAAGAUUGCAGCAGAAGAAAUACUUUGAAAGUCUGAAAAAUGGCACUAAAGAUUUCCUGGACCCUGUUGAGCAAGCGCCAUUUGAUAUAGAUAAGGACUACAUUAAAAUACCGACAAACGCAGAACGUAUCAAGCAAGAUGUGAAGUCUGCUCAUGAAAAAAUCCGUCGCGUAGUUUCACCGGCCUCCAGACAACGCAUUGAGGAAGAAAAGGCCCAACGGAUUUUACAACUAGAACGUCGCAUCAAGCAACACACAUCGUCAAUGCACGAACGACGUCGGGCACCUAAGGGCACACCACAGGAAGAGAUGGAAGCUGCAAAACGGGAACUUGAAGUGGUUAAGAACCUUCAGAAGGACUUGUUACGACGCUACUCCGAACUCAAACAAUGGACUGCAGGGCGGGUGAGCGGUAAAGCCCAUGGGGCUGGUGUGAGCUCUAAACCAGGCUCUUUGCAUGCUAUGAGAGCCCAAAAUAGCUAGCCUCACACCCAAUGACACUUACUAACGAGGUGCUGAGGCAUUACAUCGAGAACUUCAAGUGCGUCGUAAGGAGAUGGAGUACCGAUUCAAAGCUUUUGUGGCUGACAUUCCAACUUCAUUUACACGAACCCGUUCACU